CACUUCCGGGUUUGUAUUGUGUCUUCGGUAUAUGUGUACACGUUAUUGGAGUUCAACUUUGAAGAGCUCAAGAUCAACCUUUUUGUGCUGGACGACUUGUACAAAGCAGUGUUUCAAUAGAAAGAUGAGUAUAGCACGUCUCUGGAGAUCUUACCAGGUGGUAAUGGACAAAAAACCGUGGACUGUGCAAAUAAUAACAGCUGGCUCUCUGAUGGGAGUGGGGGAUAUCAUCUCCCAGCAGCUAAUUGAGAGGCGUGGCUUGAACAAGCACGACAUUAGACGCACCACAAAAAUGAUGAGCAUUGGCUUCUUUUUUGUUGGACCAGUUAUUGGUGGAUGGUACAGAGUACUAGACAGACUUGUCCUUGGGUCGACCAAAAGUUCUGCACUGAAGAAAAUGCUAAUUGACCAGGCAUGCUUUGCUCCUUGUUUUCUUGGAACUUUCUUAGGAAUUUGCGGAAUUCUCAACAGGCUCACCGUGGAAGAGAAUGUAGCAAAGCUCAAGAGGGAUUAUACAGAUGCCUUGAUCACCAAUUACUAUUUGUGGCCUGCUGUUCAGAUUGCCAAUUUUUAUUUCAUCCCCCUUCAGCACAGAUUGGCUGUUGUGCAGAUUGUUGCUGUGACAUGGAAUUCCUACCUCUCAUGGAAAGCCAAUAAAAUGUAGGGAGAUACAUUGUUGCCCCUCUCAUACAUUUUGAGGAAAUUUACUGGGGUUACAAAUUACCUUCAUGAAUUAAUUUUAGGAGUAAAAAAGUGUAAAAGGAAAAGACACGAAGGUGAUAUAAAAAGACCAAUAUAAUUACAAUGACCAAUAUAAAUACAAUAUUUUUGUAUUAAACUAGGGGAACAGAAUCUCUCUGUGAAUCCUCUGUUCUCUGUUUUUAGGGCCCGAGCACCGAAGGAGCAAGGCCAGAGGCCUUGCACCGUAGGUGCAGAAGCCCUAUUGUUUUCGUUAGAAUUUGUUUUUUUUUGUUUUGUUUUGUUUUUUGUCAAUCUUUCGGGGCAUUUUGGACCCCUUAACAUGCUCAAAAACUCUUGAAAAUCAGCAGACAGGUUGGAAUCUGCGGCCAUUAGGACGUCACCGUGGCUCGGCCCUGGGCGUGGCACACACCUGUUACAGCGCCCCCUGGAACAUCUUGCUGCAUAGCUGAUACACAUUUGCACGUAUCCAUGUACAACUUGGUACAAUAUUAGAUCUCAUUGAACUGAACAACUUUCACACUGCAUGUCAUUAAGUCUAAUCCACAGGAAGUCAGGUAAUUUGAGUUGUUUGCAAAACGCACCCAAUGGAAUUUGAAAUACUCCUCCUAGGGAAUUGAUACAACCACCACCAAACCCAGGCUAAAAUGAUCUUAAGACACUGAUAAUGCAAAAUUGAUGAGGGAUUUUUGAUAUCUCAAACGGUUCAGCCGUGAGAAGCCCUUAAACUUAUGGCGAAUAAAACGAAACAAAGUGGCUAAUAACUUCUGUGUACAUUAAGUGAUCUACAUGAAACCUUAGGAUUAUGUUAAGCAUUGAAAGCUGAUCACACUGAUAUGACAACUGUGAGUCUCGGUCAUAGCGCCACCAACUGGCAGGAGGAAGGGUGUCACUUUUUGAAAUCUCUAAUAUUUUCUCCCUUACUUUCACCUCAUUUGGUUCAAAAUCAGUCAGAAUAAUGAAAAGACAUGGCUGAUGUGAAACUGUGAAGGAAUUUUUGAUAUCUUGAAUCGUGUUACUAUGGCGACGAUUUACAUGAUAAGGGAUUUUUGAUAUCUCAAACGGUUCAGUCGUGAGGAGCCCUUAAACUUAUGGCAAAUAAAAGGAAACAGGAAGUGGCUAAUAACUUCUGUGUAUAUUGUGUGAUGUACAUCAAACCCGAACUUUAUGUUAAGAGAAGAAAGGCAGCAGGAAGUGUGUCACUUUUAGAAAUCUCUAAUGUUUUCCCUUACUUUCACCUGAUUUGGUUGAAAAUCAGUCAGAAUAAUGUCAGGACAUGGCUGAUGUGAAACUGUGAAGGAAUUUGUGAUAUUUUGAAUGAUGUUGCUAUUGUGAGGACAUAAUAGAAAAAUAUUAAUGUUCUUAUAUCUUAACAGUGGAAAGCCCUAAUGUUUCAAAAAAUUUUACAUAGAAAGAACAACUGGUUGUGAGUGAUUCUGCUUAGUUUCAUGAUUUUGUGAUGCUCUCAUGGCUCGCAACAAAUUUUUACAUUCAUCAGUCCAUUGACUGGACAUGGUUUUGGCCUCACUCCUGCAGUACUAGACUAUGUCCACUAGAGGCUCAUUCCCCUUUAUUUUAAUUUCUUUACAAUAUGGCUUCAUUUUCACAAUUCAUAUAUACAGUCAACCAAAAAUGUAUAUAAACUUCAGGAGAAGAAAAAUAGUAUGAUGUAAAUUAAAUUAGUAUAAUAUUAAUAAUAUUAUCAUAUCAUCAUCAUAAUAUCAUCAUAUAUAUUAAUCUAUAACAUAUUGCAAUAAAUUUAGUAAUACAAUAUUUAUACAAAUUUUUCUUUUCCUGAAAUGUGUAUAAAUGUGUAUACAUUUUUCUGGGUGACUCUAUAUAUAUAUAUAUAUAUAUAUAUAUAUAUAUAUAUAUAUAUAUAUAUAUAUAUAUAUAUAUAUAUAUAUAUAUAUAUAUAUAUAUAUAUAUAUAACUUCAUAUAGUAAUAUAGUUUAGAGGGAGAGUCAUUGUCCCUUUGGACAUCACUGGACAUUGCUAUGAUCUAUUUUAUUACACCCAAACUGUCCCUUUUGUCCUUAUAUAGUUUAGAAGGAAAGUCAGUUUUCGUUUUGCCAUCAGUGGACUUUGCUGUGAUCACUUUCAGUACACCUAAAUUGUCACUCUUGUCCUUUUGGUAUUUCCCCUUUUAAUGCAUGUACCCACUGUGCUCACUGUGUCUGGUGCGCCUGGGCGGCGAUAGCACCGUGUAGUGAUGGCACAUACUGCGAGGGCCCGUCAUUGCUGCUUGCAGCUAUAUUUAUUAUUGUUGUUGUUGUUACUUGUGUUUUCAUUGCUGCUGCUACUGUUAUCAUUACUAUUAUUAGUACCAUUUACCAUUUUAAAUGAUUUACAUUUAAAUUAUUUACAUUUACCAAAAAUGACACUUCCCCAUACUUCAGAAUUUCCUGUUGACAUAAUUUUCCUUCAUAUUCGAGGAACUUUUACUAUGAGAACUGGAACAUGUUGAACAUUUCCUGCCAUUCCAUGUUUUCUGCCUAUUCAAGAGCAGCAUUUUGUGAAUAGUCAUCUCUGUAGGAUGCAGUGAAGCAGUUAGGCAGGAGAGAUUUAUCAGCUUUCACAAGCAUAAGAAAGUUUUAUUAAACAAUUUAUUAAAAUUUAAUUGAUUAAAAGCA